AAGUAAACGUGCACACACUGAUCCCAGAUAGUCAACGCAGACGUAGGAUGGAAUGUCUUAAGGCAAUGCAAGAGUCAACGUGCGCCCCACUAACUGAUCUUCCUUUCAUAUAUAUAUAACCACUCGUACAUCUGCGAUCAUCACCUAAUUGAUGAACUCGCCACCAAUCAUUCGUACUAUGGCCAUUCAGAUCGCCGCUAUAGACCCCAAGACCAGACCGCAUUCUCCUUCUCCAUGCAUUUCCUUCCACCCGGCCGUGCCGCAAUCUCCGCCCUCGUCCUCGACCCCGGCUCUCCCACCGCCACCCCGGACCCCGAGAAUAAUCUCCCCGCCGACCUCUUCGCCUCAAACCGCUCCCUCUCCCUCGAGAUCCCCCACCAUUAACAUCUCCCUCCAGCAGCCCUCCAGUAAGAAGAAGAACACGUCCAGGUCCUCGAAAUUCUUCCGCCACUUUCGCUCCAUCUUCAGGUCGUUCCCGAUUAUAAACCCGACUUGCAGGAUCCCCGUCUCCCUCCAUGGCUCCCGACACCACGAGGUCCACAUCCACGGCGGGACUAAAGUUACCGGUACCCUAUUUGGGCACCGGAAGUCGAGGGUAAACCUGGCCAUACAAGAGUCCCCGAAGAGCGUCCCCGUGCUCGUCCUCGAGCUCGCCAUCCCGACAGGGAAGCUCCUCCACGACGUGGGGCUCGGGCUCGUGAGGGUGGCGUUGGAGUGCGAGAAGAAGCACCCUUCCGAGAAGACAAAGCUGAUCGACGAGCCCAUAUGGACGAUGUACCGCAAUGGGCGGAAGGUCGGGUACGCAGUGAGGCGGGAACCUUCGGAGGAUGACCUGGCUAUCAUGCAGAUGCUCCAUGCUGUGUCGAUGGGCGCCGGGGUGCUCCCGAGCGAGACCGGGGAUAUGAUGGAAGUCGGGGUGCUGACCUACAUGAGAGCACAGUUCGAAAGAGUCAUCGGUUCGAAGGACUCUGAGACAUAUUACAUGACGAACCCCGACGGUAACAGCGGACCCGAAUUAAGCAUCUUCUUCGUGAGGAUCUGAGCUCUAACACGUACGUGAGAAGUGGAGAAUUUGGACUUGCUCGAGAAGUUAAAACCUAAUUAGAGACGAAUAUUAGGCAGCCAUGUUUUUCGCGUAUUGUGACAAUGACUUUUUAGUCCCACCUAGACACAUUACCCUGUGGUACAACUGCAAGUAUUGUCCUUAGAUCGGAUCUGUAUAGUUCGAACUUACAUAAUUGUUAGAAGUAAAAUCUGCGUGAUCAAUGAUAGGUCCUGUUUAGUAGCGCAAAUGAAAUGAAAUGAAAUGAAUGGAAUGGAAUGAAAUAAACAUCC